CGACCCGGAAGAGAAACAUUAGCUCUCAGUCAGCUGCUUGCUACCUACUGCUCCUUCAGUACCAGCUGUUAAGCCGUAAGUUAUAUGCUUGUGUUGUAGGACAGAAGAGCGAACUAUAGUAUUAGUUUCCGAUGUAUUUUCUCCGUAUUUCGUGUGUCUAACGGGCUUCGUUUAACAAGGAACCUCCUGUCUGUGUGCUGCUCUUUGUCGGAGGGAUGAGCUUGUGCCUGCUGGAUGAGGAGAACUUCCAUCAGUGCUGUCAGCUCCUCCUGCAGCAGUCGGAUGAGCUGAGAGACGGCUGGAGCUGGGAACCAAUCCAGGGUUCAGAGGAGGGCUACCUGAGGAAGACUGCUGUCAGAUCAGUCUUCAUCGAUGCAAGCACAAAGUGGGACCAGGAAGAAUCCAGGUCAAACUCAGAAACUCACACUUCUUGUGACUCCAGGCCUGAUCAGGAGAAGGAACAGUGUGCUCUGGCUGCUUCUGGUGAUGCUGAUAUCAUCAAAGGUGACAUAGAUGAAGAUGAUGAUGAAGACAACGGCGUCUGUGUGGUGGCUGCAGGCAGCAGCCAGGUGCUUCAAUAUGAGUAUCACAUCCUGUACUCCUGCAGCUACAGCAGUCCUGUGCUCUAUUUCAGAGCCUUCACUCUCGAGGGGAAGAGCCUGUCUUUAGAGGAGGUGUGGAGCUCUGUGCAUCCAAACUUCAGGCUUCGACUCCAGCACAGUCCUCUGAAUACCAUCACCCAGCAGGAGCAUCCCCUGCUAGGUCAGCCUUUCUUUAUGCUCCACCCCUGUAGAACAGAGGAUUUCAUGAGGCCUGUGCUGCAGGCGGCUCAGGAACAACACAGGCCAGUGAACUAUGUGUUGACGUGGCUCAGUGUAGUGGGUCCUCUGGUGGGUUUGGACAUUCCUCUGAAGUACUCCAUCCAGCUCCAUCAUGCAACCUCACCCAGCAGCUCCAAGCCAGACUGAGACUCCAGCUGCUCUGCUUCACUUUCUAUCAUCGUGACUGUGGGGGUCAAUAGGGACCCGAAGCUCAUUGUAGCCCCAGAGCCCUGGGCCCCUGCAGGUCAAUCCAGCUGCCAUGCUCGGCAUCAUAGUGUGUACUUACAGUACUUUUUCUCUACCUGUUGUCUUCAUCUGUUUUUAAUGACAGGGAUAUACAAAGGACAAAACAAACACUAAAUGCCAGCACAAUGCCAAAUGUGCAUAUCCUGUACAGAUCAUGUAAACUGAAGACAUCUCAUUGAGUAAAUUAUUUGUACAACA